AUGUCUUCAUUACUUUUUGAUGAACGAAAAAGUGCAUCGCUCAUUUGCCAUCUGAGAAAAGAUGUACAAGGAAUCGUUCGUGCUCUUAGGACUGAUUUUCCUGAGUUACGUAUUAAAAAUUAUCAUGGUAAAUCUGAUCCGGUAGAAAAGGCUCGCGAUUUUAGUGAUGUAGAAGAAGCAUGGAAAGAGGUGGAUCUUGUUGCAUAUACAAGUACAUUAAAAAUAGGAGUUUCGUGUACUAACCCCAAGUUCGAGCGUGCAUUCUGUCUCUUUAAUAGUUAUAUAGAAACAAAUGCUGGGACUAAUCAGAUGUUAUUCCGUAUGCGAAGCGUUAAAGAUUAUAUAAGUUAUAUUGAGCAAAGAUCAUCGAAUGUUCCAAUUACAGAAGAGGGGUUAUUUAAUUGGUUAUUAAAAGCGAAGCGAGAAUGUCUUCCUCAGGAACUACAGAAUAGGGGGGUAUUUCCAGAUGCAGAGUUUAUUAUUCGAAAUAAGGAUAUUCCAACAAUUCGAUUAUGGGUGGCGUAUAUGUUGGAAAAAUUCCGAUCUCGUCGCUUAUUUGGAUGGAGAAUGGUAGAUUUUCUUAAACAAGCAGGUAUGAUUGUUUCAAUAAUAGAAGUUACUCCUAAAUCCGAAGAAGAUUCUGUAUCAUUAACUGAAGCGGUAAAAGUAUGUUCUUCUGUUAUCAAAGCGGAGGAAAUCUCAGAUAUCGCUAACGCCAAUAUUCUCAAUCACGAGAUGGCUGAGCACCUAGAAAACAAACCAAAGAAGACUUUAAAAGAAAUACAUGCUUUAACCCGGUAUCAUAUUGCAGAAUGUUAUGGAAUACCUCCCGAAUAUCUGACCGAAGAAUUUAUUAAGAAUUAUGGUAAAUAUGAUGAAAUGAAGUGGUUUAGAAAUCUUCGGAAAUUACGAGAUGCAGGUAUUGAUAAUGAGACUGCAGUUGAGGCGAUUACCCGUGAAGAUUAUAGAAAUGAUAGACUCACAACCGUUACUAGAGCUGAAAAACAUCGAAUCUGUCUGGAAUUAAUAAAAACUUGUACACCGGUUAAAGAUAUUGACGAUCGAAAUAGAUAUAAAGUUAAUGACGUUAAAAUGUGCUUAAACUCACCAGAAUCGAUACAAUACCUCCAAAAUUUAGUACCAAAAAUGACCCGAGUUUUUGAUAAUACAGACGCGUCUCGUAGUACUAAAAAAUCUGGUUUAAAAUCGGAUAAAUCGAAACUUGGUUUAUUAAAUUCAGCACUUUCCGCAACUUAUGGGAUAAAGUUUAAAGCUACUAAUAAUAAACGAACCCAUUAUUAUCUAGUAGGUCCAUUCGAUAAAGAAAGCGCCCCAAAGUUGCCACCAUACCAAACGGGUGAAGGACAAUUCUAUGAAAACGGCGAGGAUAUACGUUAUGGGUAUAGUAAACUCUCACCUGACGAAUUGGAGAUCGCUCCCAGUUCUGAUAUACAGUUGCGUCAAGAAUUGGUUGAUAUCAUUUAA